CGCGCGGAGUCGGACCUCAUUCACCUUAACUUGCUUCAAACACCACCACCACCACCAGCCUUGACCAUAUCCAGGAUGUCAGUCUCCGACUCAGAUCUUUCGUCGCUAUCAUCGGCGCCACCGACAGAUGAUGAGUCUAUGGCUGUUGAUGAGCCUGUGGGGAUCGCAAAGUACUUCAAGAAGCAGGAGUCUGAAUCUCCGCCGCCGAAGCGGGCUCCCUCACCCCCUCACGAUUAUAUUCUAGCAGACAACCCGGAUAUCGCAUUCAUUGUAAUGUUCCGCGCGCGUUUCCACGAAGUAUUCCCGCGAUCAACACCACACUACGGACCACAAGAUAUCGAGAGAGGUGCUACAGAAACUCCACCGGGGGAUCAUAUUGAGAAACUAUUGUGUGCGUUGCUCGGCCUGGUAUUGAACCGGAAGAAGGAUGUUGAACGGAAUCAUUAUCAACGCCCUCUGGAAGAAGCGAUUCAUACUCAUGCGUCUCAAUGGCCCAAGGUCUGGGAGGGCAAGAACCCCCUUCACGGGGGUCGGACUUUUGCGACCAUGUCGCCGGAGGAACGCCUGCAACUGCUGAAAUCCCUAAUUCUAUGGUCCCUUUCUUCCUCCGAAGCCGUCCAAGCCAAGAUCAAAGAGUCCUAUAAGCAAGCACGCCAUGAAGAUGAUUUGAACCAGCCACUUUCAGUCCAACCCUGGGGACGCGAUGGACUUAAGCGCCGAUACUGGCUCAUUGAAGGGCAGGAUGAUACACAUUUCAGACUAUACCGGGAGAGCAACCCGGCAUUGAAGAAUGUCACAUGGUGGAGCGUGGCAGGCGAUAUUCCCGAGCUGAAGGCGGUUGCUGAUAAGCUCGAUGAAGAAAAGAGCACGAACUCCAAAAAGCUAAGCGAGAGAAUCAACAAUUCAAUUCCUCGUUUCGAGGGUGCAGAGGAGAAACGCAAGCGCCGCGACUACCGGAUUGCCCGAAAGGCUCAAUUUUCUCGACCAGAGCCUGGCUUCUCUCUCUACGAAGGUCGCACCCGUGGGAAGAAGCUCAAGUACACGUACUCUGACGACGAGGACUUAUUCUCCGACGACAUGCCCACAACCCGUCGAUCUACCCGAAACGCAUCCGGGGUUUCAACUCCUGGUGAGCCAGCGGGCCCCAAAUACACGGCAAGCGGAAGACAAAUUCGCUCACGUGCUGGAGGCUUAUAUGGCGAAGCCUUACUCCUUGGCCAGCGGGGAGAGGAUGAAUCUGAAGAGGAGACAGGCAGACCUCAGAGGAACAGAACCACUCGUGCGAAUGGACACACCGACUACGAUAUGCUUGAUGAAGAUGGCGACUCGGAAGGCGCCGACUCUAACGAGUGGCAGGGCGGAGAAGAGGAAGAAGAGAAUGACUUCGAGGGUGACGAUGAAGAGGGUGCCAGCGGGGAUGAAUCAGUACUGAAUGAUGGAAACCAGAGCCUCGUGGUGCAACUGAGGUAUGGCAAGGGAAAAUUGCCAAGUAGCCCGAAUGUCCCUGGCGAAGGACCAACAGGGCAGAACUUCGAGGCCAAAGAUGAGACAAAUGAGCAUAAGAGUCAACAAGAACAACCUGCCUCCACUCAAACGCAAGAGUCGGUGGCCAAUGGACCCCAAGACACAGCUCAGGAGAGCUCAGUCUCAGAUCCCAAAGCGCUCCCUACCCCCACAGAGGAGCCGAAGCAGAGUCUACAGCAAAAUGGACCAAAUGGAUUGACUCAUGGAGAUGCUGCUAGUGCCAAUGCUGGAAUACCUACCAACCAGCCUGCCGCACUCAACGGCACAAAUGAGGCAGGUUAG